ACAAUUGUAACCUAAAAUUUGUAUUAUUGUCAUUUUAUUUUCAUUCCUCCGUCAUAACAAUGUCUUUUAAGAAUGAUUUAAAAUUACUUUUACGUCCAUAUUAUUUAAUUAAUAUUAUUCUUAGUAUCUCUUAUAUGUGUACUAAAAGACUUCCUUUCAUCUGUCAUUAUAUAUUUGCCCAAUCAGAUUGUGAAUUUGAUGGAAAAGAAACAGAAAUUCUGUUUUUUCUCAUGAUAGUAAUAAUGAUUAGAACACGAAAAACUGGAAGUGUAACUAUGAUCAAUUAUUUAUCAUCCAGUUUUGUUUAUACUAAAGUUGCCAAUUUGGUUUUAUGGUUUUAUGCUGAUAUACGUAUGGGAAUUUUGUUUGCAAUUAUUUUCAUCCUAUGCGGUUUAAUACUGCCCGAACCUACAUAUCAAGGACCAGAAAAAAUUAUUUAUUUACGUGGUGCAAGUGGAUUGCAAGAAGAGUUAAUGCGAGAUACUAAAAUAGUUUGGAUUGUAACAUUCUAUACUGCGUGGAAUCCAGCUUGCGUUAACUUUGCUUCAAUCUUUUCUGAACUUUCAGCAGAAUAUGCUCUGGAUAAUUUGAAAUUUGGUAAAGUGGAUAUUGGAAGAUAUCCUGAUGCAGGUGUUAAAUAUCAUAUUAGUGAUGCUAGUACUAGCAAACAGUUGCCUACUGUGAUACUAUUUAAAGAUGGAAAGGAAAUAGAAAGAAGACCACAUGCUGAUCAUAGGGGCAAACUUGUUAAAUUUCUUUUUUCUAUGGAUAAUGUAAAAGCAGCAUUUGAUCUUAACAAUGUCUAUAAAGAAUGUAAGAAGAAUCAUAGUAAAAGAAAAGAAAAGAAAGCAAUAAAAGCUGAAUAAUUCUAUUGAAAUA